CGUUCUGUCUCAGUCUGGUCCCCAAUUUUUUUUCUUUUAGUUCAGCUUCUGUCUAGUGUGGACUUUCAUAAGUACCUUGAGGCUGUGCUGUUGUGGAUGAUCUCGCACACACGUGCCGUUAGAGACACGAACUAACUAAGACUCGAGGAUUGGUAGAGUCCACCAUCUUCCCUCCCACUCCUCCUCCUUUUUCUAAGUGGUUCUCCUCGAGCACUUCACUCGUCCCGCCUCCGCGCCACAGUCGGUUUUUGUGUGCGUCGGAAAAGAGGAGGAGCGAUUGCAGGCGGUCGGACGGACGACUGAGGUAGGACUGGAGUCGGUUCGAGCGCAAAGGCGGACCAAGCACCACAGCGCUGCCUCUGCCGUUGUGGCACAGUUUUUUGGCUCCAGUUUUCCGGCUCACAUCUUCCCUGUGCUAGCGGACUUUAAAAAAAAGUAGUGUUGGCACCACAUCGAGGCGUGGAAGAGGAGCGGACUUGUUUCUUUUGCAGUUCGGGACACGUGAAAAAAUCGCGGCAACAUCGCUUGACGACGCCACUGUUGGCAGCAAUGGAAGUUGUUGUGACGGAAGAGAAGAAGAAGAUAUUCCGCGCCAGGAAAACCAUGAAGAUCAGUGAUCGGCAGCAACUGGAAACCCUUCACAGCACUCUAGUCACUGCAGCUUCGAGUUUGUCCGAACCUUCUCCUCCACCCCCUCUAAUGAACGGCUCGCACAGAGAGGAUGGACAAAAGGACAUGGAGCAAAACAGCCACCAGGACUCAAACUCCCCCAUCGCUACAUCCCCCGCCUCUAUGACCUCUCUGAGUUCUCCUGCACCAUUUCUUUCGCUCAAUCUGUCUCCCUCACCAGUACCUUCCCAAAGUCCAAAAGAAAAUGACGAGCCUUUUUCAGGGCCUUCGUCACCAUUCCAAACUAUAGACUUUGAACAGAAAAAGGAGGAGGAAAAUUCGCCCUCAUUGCAGGAGACCUCUGAAGCAGCAGCAGCAGCAGAAUCCAAAGAGCCGCAGGACUCCACCAAGGUAUUGGAAAAGCCCGAGGAGGACCAAACCCCAGCAGAGAAAACUGCUAAAGAAUCCAUUAAGGACUCUGCUAAAGGAUCCGCUUCUUUGCCUCCGGAAUCUGAUGGCACAGUCCCAAUGGAAACGAACGCUACCAUGGCUGAUGGCGCAGCCCAAAUCAAGUCUCCAAGUACCAAUUCCUCCAUUCCUUCGGCCUCUCCAUCCGUGGAUAUAAAACAGGACAAGGACAUAAAGCAAGAGACGAGCAAAGAUCAGCAAAAGAAAAACAUGCUGAAGCAAGACAAGAUGGAGGUUACUGUUGUUAAAGUGGAGGCCAAAAAAGUCAAAACGGACAGUGAGCAGUCUUCGAAGCCGCCGCGCCCAUCCUCCACUCCACCGUCGGGUACUGCAUCAGAGAAGAAUUGUUCUUCUGGAAUCAAGCGCACUUUGUCGGAGGGCUUUGACAAAGAGGGUCAGACGAUCAAACGGGACGGGAAGAGACCAAAGAUGGAGCAAGGCGAGUUGGAGGCUCAGCUGGAACUCAAAAUCACAGCAAAAGCUGGCAGUCAUCACAAGCUUGAGAAGAUUGUGCAACAGUUAGUGGGUGAAAGGUUGAAGGCACUUGAGAUGGCAAUUCUUGAGGAACGUUUCCAGGACUUGAAAGGCAGAGUUGACAAAAUUGAAUGUGCCACAAAGCACCAAAUGGCCAUCCACACUCUCCAAGCCAAGAUAGCUCGACUGUCCAAGAAAUUUGGGGAAGCCAAUCAGGCAUCGGAAAAUAAAAGAAAACACGAGGCACUUGUUGCUUCUUCUGCUAUCGCUGCUGCUGCCGCCGCCGCCGUUGCCUCUGCUGCUGCUACUACCACCAAAACACCGGUUAUAAACACUCCGCAAGUUCAACGGCCAGUCCGGACACCCAUGGAGUUGAAGCAGAUCCCAACAACAGCUGUUACUUUACCCCAUACUGCUGCGAAAUCCGGCUCACUUGUUCCAACCUCAGUCUCCUCCACUACGGCCAUGGUUUCCCAGGCCCCCAUCAUAAAGCUGAUCACUUCUUCCUCCAAUGCCGUCUCCACCUUGGCAACCGGCAUCACCACUCAGAGUCCUACAGGCACCUUGUUGCUGAAGACGGCACCCGGGAGUAGCAUGAUGACCGGCCAGCCGCUCAUCAUACAGCUGCCUGUCUCCAUGACAAACGGCCAGACGGGAACACUGGUCAACUUCCCCGUGUCCUCUCUGCCUACGGCGAGCGCGCUCAAUAAGAACAAAACCACUGCGUCCACUACAACGUACAUCAUCAAGCCGGCUCCUGUCACUACCACUGCUGCGGGUUGUAUUCCAACCCCAAUCACGGUGCCAGCGCUCCAGGCUCCCCCUAGCCAGAUGUCCUCCGGCCAGCUCUCACUUACCCGAGCCGUGUACCAGGGGGGCGCUGGGUCCAUAACUACCCCCAACGCCGGAGUUUCUGUGACCCCAGCCAGGAGCCUGAUUUCCACUGUGUCUGUCGCCGGAGCCAUGUCGACGGCAUCUUCGUCCUCAACAUCGGUUCCGGCAGCAACAGGUUCCGCAGCUCCAGGACCUCCGCAAGGGACAUCUUUGACUUCCAAAACAGAGAACCAAGCCGCGGGAACCACUCCAUCCAAAGCAGUUGUUCCAGUAGCCCGCGCCAAAGGUGCUGUCAUUGAUCUCACUGAGGAUGAUGAUGAUGUGCAGGUGACAGGAGUGAAGGUGGCUACGAUUCAAAGUCCCUCGGUGACCCAGCGUCCAAAUCCAAUCAACAUUCUAAACAGUGCAGGGGCCAGGUCAUCCCCACAAAGCAGCCAGAGUGCAUCCAGCAGUAAUUCAUUCGUGCAAAACCGCCCCCAACUGUCCAACACCACUUGUGUGUACAAAGACCCUGAAAUGGCAUCUCCCAAGAGACACGCAUACGACGCCGAGUUCAAACUCAAGACUCUCAGCUACGCAGCCAAACAUGGGAACAGAGCAGCUGCGAGAGAAUUCAAGGAUUCCUCCAUGAAAUCCCGUACCCCUUCAUCGACGACACCAGCCCGGAGCACCAUCAUGACACUACCCGCGCUGCCCCUGGCACCUGUGCCCCCAAGCCUCCCGGCAGAAGCUCAGCGGACCUCACUUCCCCAGCAACCACAGCUCAAGCUGGUGCCAAGUGAGAGCGGCAUAGUGCUGUCCUGGUGCGUGGCUGAAACAGAUCAGUCAUGCGCGACUGUCGAAAGCUACCACCUCUAUGCCUACCACCAGGACAACUCCAACAGCAAUUCAGGUCAGCAGCACUGGAAGAAGAUCGGGGAGGUGAAAGCCCUUCCAUUACCCAUGGCCUGCACCCUGACCCAGUUCCAGUCUGGGUCCACAUACCAUUUUGCGGUUCGAGCCAAAGACAUCUAUGGGCGCUUUGGCCCCUUCUGCGAGCCCCAGUGCACAAAUGUCAUCAAUCCUAGCUCAAACUGAACACCUACAAAAAUCAUUUGCAUUUGACUGUUUGUUACCUAUUUUAGGCAAUGUUAUGUCAUAGGAGCUCCAAUAUUGUUCAUUGUUGACAUAGAGUAUCUGUAAAUUGUCCUCAGCCGACUUUUGACUGACUUGCAAAGUUGCAGCAGCAGAUGGUGUAGUUCAGUGCUUGAUGUAUUUUUCAUGGUUAAUACUGUUGUAUAUAAGUGAAACUCUUCUCCACCUCCUCAUGGUCCAGUUCAGAUCAUUUGUUAUUGGAUCAUCUACAUUUGCCCAGGUGUUGUUUUGCUUUACUGGAGACAUGAUGCCAGAACUCUCUUGUCAACAGAAUUGCACAAAAGUGUAUACAUGUGUGGUAGGAAGUGAAUGAGAAUUUUUGUAAGUUUUGUCUGGUAACCAGACUUGUGACAAACACAAAUAAAACGUUUUAUUAAAACUG